AUGUUUGGCCCAUGGGUCGAGGUCUGGCGAUGGCUCAGGCCGAGCCUCCCCAAAUUUGAAAAGGGCGGGAUAUCCAAACCCAAUUUCAAGAACCUGCGAACACCGCACUUCAACUUCAUUACCCUGCACUACAUAUACAUCAUCUUCAUGUCCAUUCUUGCCUCCGUCAUCAUCUACGGCCCCGGCGGCAUGCCCUACAUCGAUGCGCUUUUCUUCGGCAGCGGCGCAGCAACGCAGAGCGGGCUCAACACUAUCGACGUGAACAAGCUAUACCUCUCUCAGCAGCUUACGCUCAUGUUCGUCGCCAGCGUGUGUAACCCCAUCAUCAUCAACACCUUUGUCGUCUUCGUCCGCCUCUACUGGUUCGAGAAGCGGUUCCAGCACGUCGCCGCCGAGGCACGCCACGUUCGGCGGACACGCGAGCGUUCCCGUACUAUGAGCGAAGCUCGUCGGGACAUUGACAACGACCUCGAAGAGCGCGGUGUAAGCAAACGGGAGAUCAACAUCGUGCUAGGCGAGACCGACAACAACAAGUGGCCAAAUCAGUACGGAAAGGAUGGAACUACCGAACGUGACGCGGAACCGAGCUCCGGUACAUCGUCUAGUAGCUCGCGGGAGGAACAUGAGUCGCCCGGGGAAAAGAUCUUUGAUCCUACUCUGGGCAAGUUCGUCAGCCCGCCGUCUCCGACAUCCCAGCCGGCCGCGCCGUCUGCCGAACAUCCACCACCUUUCCACAGAGAUAUCGUGUUCGCGGACGAAGUUAGCCGCGCUGAUACGGAAAAGGAGGAAACCUCCAAUCUUGAACGCCUUCCUCAGCCGAUGAGUGCAGAGCAGCACAUUGCGAUUGUGGAAGCUCAGCGCAACCCCAAGGACAAGGGCGUUUUACGCAUUCCGGGACCAAGGGACUUCGACCGUGGCGACACCAUCCAACGCGUAGACGAGGAUGAAAAGAGCGACCUGAACCGCGUCGUCUCGCAUGAAUCGACUUCAGAGCCUGAACCUCACCAGUUUCUCAGGAAUCAGCGAACUACCAGCAUUAACGAGGAAGGCGACGCGCCGAAAAAGAGCAGCUCGGAUGAUCAUCCUCUCAAGCGGAACAUCACGUUCGAUCAGCCGGCACACCCGCGCCGGAACUCGAAGGCGGGCUGGUCCGCUUUCAGCUUCAACAAGAGAACGGCGACCGCAGGAACCGGAGAUGACUCGGCUCUUGGGAUACGUCAGCGCCAGCGAACUAGGACUUUUGCUAGCUUCGUGACGAACAGGAGUCAGGAGAAAGACCCAAUGCCCUAUCUCAGCUGGACGCCGACGAUCGGGCGCAACUCGCAAUUCGUCGAUCUCACCGAGGAGCAAAGGGAAGAGCUGGGCGGGAUCGAGUACCGCUCACUGAAGACUCUAGCCAUAAUCUUGAUCAUCUACUAUGUGGGCUUCCAUCUCCUUGGCAUGGUGUGCCUGCUUCCCUGGAUCAACCACAGCCGUUACGUUCCUUACCUGCAUGAGCAAGGAGUUGACCCCGAUUUCUGGGGCGUUUUCACUCCGGCAUCCUUGUUCAACGACCUCGGCUUCACGCUGACGGCGGACUCGAUGGUCACGUUCCAGCGUGCGGUGUUCCCACUGCUCCUCGGUAGCUUCCUCAUCAUCAUCGGCAACACUGGCUUCCCGUGCAUGCUGCGCUUCAUCAUCUGGUUAGCCAGCCUGGUAACGCCCGUCGGCAGCGGCGUCUGGGAAGAGCUAAAAUUCCUGCUCGACCACCCCCGCCGCUGCUUUACGCUGCUCUUCCCAUCCAAAGCAACCUGGUGGCUCUUCUGGGUCCUCAUCAUCCUAAACCUCACAGAUCUCUUCUUCUUCAUCGUCCUCGACAUCAACGACUCAACCGUGACAGACCUCCCCGUCGGUGUGCGCAUCCUCGUCGGCUGGUUCCAGGCCGCCAGCACGCGCACGGCCGGGUUCGCAGUCAUCAACCUUGCGGAACUGCACCCCGCCGUCCAGGUCAGCUACCUGAUCAUGAUGUACAUCUCCAUCUUCCCCAUUGCCAUCUCGCUGCGCCGCACCAACGUGUACGAGGAGAAAAGCCUGGGCAUCUUCCACAGCGGCGAGGCUGAGGAACCAGCCGCCGCGAACGGCAAGGAGCAGAGCUACGUGUCCCAGCAUCUGCGGCGCCAGCUGUCGUUUGAUCUGUGGUACGUUUUCCUGGGCUUCUUCAUCAUCGCCAUCAUCGAGGGCUCGCGGCUCGAGAACGUCAAGGGAGAUGAGGCAUACUUCACGCUGUUCUCGAUCCUCUUCGAAAUCGUGAGCGCGUACGGCACCGUCGGGCUCAGCCUCGGCUUCCCGGGCUUCAACACCUCUUUCUCGGGCCAGUUCCACACGCUGUCCAAACUCGUCAUCAUCGCCAUGGAGAUCCGCGGCCGCCACCGCGGCCUCCCGUACGCCCUGGAUCGCGCCAUCUUGCUCCCCUCGGAGUCGCUGCAGCAGAAGGAGGCCGAGGACGCGAACCGGCGCGCGCAGAUGAGGAGGAAUUCUAUCAUGUCGCAGAUGGUGCCGCCGCCGCCUGUUGGGGAUAUGGCUGGUUCGGGCCUGCAAAGAGAGGCUAGCGCGAACCCGGCGAUUGCGCAUUCGGGACGGAGGAUGAGCGGGACGAAUCUGAGCAGGUUUUUGUCGGGAGCGCUGAAUGCGGGGCCGACUAUUCCGAAGGACAAGAGAACGUAA